AAAAAGAAGCAGAGAAUUUCGUUUUCGUCUUCUUCACUCACUCUGCAAAUUUCUCCAAUUUCCCACAUCCCUUACCUCUCCUCCGAUGACCACCACGUCGUUAGCCGCCUCGAGCGCCGCCGCGUUCACCGACCCGACGGUUCAGAUUCCGACCUUCCAUGGCCUUAAAUCCACUACCUCCCUUGCUUUGGCCAGAAAUGUCCGCUUCUUCCCCUUGCCUGCUUUCCCUUCUUCCUCCAACUCUUCCAGCCCUCUGCUCGUUCGAGCCAUCUCCACGCCGGCAAAGCCAGGGGUUGCAGCUGAGCCUAAGCGUAGUAAGGUCGAAAUUUUUAAAGAACAAAGUAAUUUUAUAAGAUAUCCUCUUAAUGAGGAGUUGUUGACGGCUGCUCCUAAUUUAAACGAGGCUGCAACACAAUUGAUCAAAUUUCAUGGGAGCUAUCAGCAGUAUAACAGAGAAGAGCGUCGACAGCGGUCUUAUUCAUUCAUGCUUCGUACGAAGAAUCCUUGUGGGAAAGUGUCAAACCAGCUGUACUUGACGAUGGAUGAUCUUGCUGAUCAAUUUGGAAUUGGAACGCUUCGUUUAACCACAAGGCAAACAUUUCAGCUACAUGGAGUUCUCAAGAAGGAUAUGAAGACAGUUAUGAGCACCAUUAUUAGAAGCAUGGGUUCAACUCUUGGUGCUUGUGGUGAUUUGAACAGGAAUGUUCUUGCUCCAGCUGCUCCAAUUAUGAGGAAAGAUUACCUUUUUGCACAGCAAACUGCAGAAGACAUUGCUGCUUUGUUAACUCCGCAAUCAGGAUUUUAUUAUGAUAUGUGGGUAGACGGGGAGCGGUUCAUGUCGGCAGAACCUCCAGAAGUGGUGAAGGCUCGUAAUGACAAUUCUCAUGGAACAAAUUUUCCGGAUUCUCCCGAGCCUAUUUAUGGAACUCAAUUCCUCCCUCGAAAAUUUAAAAUUGCUGUGACAGUGCCAACCGAUAACUCUGUAGACAUUCUCACAAACGAUCUUGGCGUUGUUGUCAUUUCUGAUGCUGAGGGGGAGCCUCAAGGAUUCAACAUAUAUGUUGGAGGAGGCAUGGGAAGAACUCAUAGAUUAGAAUCCACAUUUGCUCGUUUGGGAGAGCCAUUAGGAUAUGUUCCCAAGGAAGAUAUUUUAUAUGCAGUUAAAGCUAUUGUUGUCGCACAACGUGAAAAUGGCAGAAGAGAUGAUCGCAAAUAUAGUAGACUAAAAUAUUUGAUCAGUUCCUGGGGGAUUGAAAAAUUUAGGAGUGUUGUAGAGCAAUAUUAUGGGAAAAAAUUCGAACCAUUCCGGGAAUUACCAGAGUGGAAGUUUGAAAGUUACUUGGGGUGGCACGAGCAGGGUGAUGGUAACUUAUAUUGUGGACUACAUGUUGAUAGCGGUCGUAUUGCUGGGAAAAUGAAGAAGACAUUGAGAGAGGUGAUAGAGAAAUAUAAUUUGGAUGUUCGGAUCACCCCACAUCAAAACAUUAUCUUGACCAACAUUCGCAAUGCAUGGAAGCGGCCCAUUGCCACAGCUCUUGCGCAAGGUGGUCUGCUGAACCCAAGGUAUGUAGAUCCCCUUAACAUAACUGCAAUGGCAUGUCCGGCUUUUCCACUUUGCCCUUUGGCAAUAACAGAAGCUGAGAGAGGAAUUCCAGACAUCCUUAAGCGUGUUCGAGCUAUAUUUGAAAAGGUCGGUCUUGAGUACAGCGAGUCUGUUGUCAUAAGGAUUACUGGAUGCCCGAAUGGUUGUGCCAGGCCUUAUAUGGCUGAGCUUGGAUUAGUAGGUGAUGGUGCUAACAGCUACCAGAUAUGGCUUGGGGGAAAACCCAAUCAAACUUCAUUGGCAAGGACUUUUAUGGAUAAGGUUAAGAUCCACGACCUCGAAAAGGUCUUGGAGCCUUUAUUUUAUCAUUGGAAGCGAAAAAGAUACUCUAAAGAAUCAUUUGGCGACUUCACAAACCGCUUGGGAUUUGAGAAGCUUAAAGACCUGGUUGAAAAAUGGGACGGUUCUGUGCCUGCACCAACGCAUUACAACCUGAGGCUUUUUGCUGAUAAAGAUACGUACGAGGCGAUGGACGACCUCGCAAGAGUUCAGAAUAAGAAUGCUCAUCAACUAGCAAUGGAAAUCAUUCGCAACUAUGUGGCUGCUCACAAAUGAUUUGGUAAGAGACUUUAAAUUUUGUCGCCUUAGAAGCUGAGAUGUUGAAAGGAUGAAUUAGUUUAGUAGUCUGAUUCUAUGCUUGGGCUUGUUACUGUUUUGUAACAGCAUGAAUGAAUACUGUUUGUCUGCUUGAGCUUUGUAUUUACCGUUUUCUUGGAUUUUGUAUCUUAUUUUAAGGUUGCUUCUAAUAAAUUUACCUUUCUACCA